AUGUCAUCGAGGCAAGUGCUUGGUCGUGGAUGUUUUGGUGAAACUUGGUUGAUCGAAGGGAAUACAGCUGUUGUUGUAAAAUCGAUUCAUUUGAAUACAAUAGCCGAGCCAAAACUUCUCCAUCUUCUCAAACUCAAUCAUCCAAAUAUCACAAAAUUCAAUGAAAUCAGCCUCAGGAAUGAUCAUUUCGAAAUUUCGAUCGAGUUUUGUGAGCGCGGAUCACUGCAUUCAGUGCUUUUCGAUCAAAAAAUCGUUUAUUCAAUGAAAACGGUGUUGACUUGGGCCGAGCAGCUUUUCUCCGCUUUAUUGUAUUUGGAAUUUGAAGCACUCAUUCAUGGAAAUAUCAAGCCAAACAAUGUUCUUGUCACCAAGGAUUUUAUGCUGAAGUUGACCGAUUUGAACGGUUUUCAUGAAAUUAACUCAAAUUUUGUGAAUACUUCUUCAACAUCUGAAUCAUUCAAAUAUCAAAGCCCUGAAAUUGUUCUGUUUGAUCGGAAAAUGAGGUCCUACAGUUGCGAUCUCUAUUCGACUGGCCUCAUCAUUUGGGAAAUGAUUGAGCGAAGAAAAGUACAUGAAAGAUAUAAAAGCCAUGAUGGGAAUUUCACUGCUCAAUCUUUUUCCGAUGAUAUUUUGACUGGGAAAUGGAUCUUACCACUAGCAAAUUGUCAACACGAGAUCGUUUACUUGAUCGAUGAGUGCACUGAACCGGAUUCCAAAAAACGCCCAAAAAUCGAGGUCGUUGAACAAGCAGUGAGAGUCAUGAAUGAACAAAUCAAUAUUGAAAUGAUUUCGAACCGGAAAAUGCUUGACAAUUCGAUUCAUUGUUUAACUUUGAUCUUUUUCUUCACAGUUUCUAUUCUUGCGUAUUGCCCAAAAUCUGGUGAGAAUGGUGCAAUCGAUGGCUAUUGCUACUUUGCGAUCGAUUCGAAUUACACUUAUCCGAAAGCUCAAGGCUUUUGCGAUGAUUAUUUCGAUGCAAAACUGGCCUCAAUCCAGAACGCUUUCGACAAUCAACUUGUCCUGAGAAUGGUCAGGAAUGUGUUGGAGCUGAAUCUUGAUGAUACAACAGCUGUUUGGCUUGGUGGUACCUGGGAUGGACACAAUGUUUUCUGGGAAGACGGAACAUUUAGUGGAUAUGUGAAUAUGGCGAGUCAAACUGAUGCUCCCGGAAAUCUGGUGAUGAAUUUGGUGGAUGGCAAAUGGCGCACAACACUCUACAAUCAUCAUUAUCCGUUUGUUUGCUUGGAAAAGAAUGCUGCCCCAAUCGCCACAUCAACACAAAGAGUCACUGCUACGACUUCCUCGUUUCCCCCAGCCACCGCAAGAACAACAACAGCCAGUCCAACGACUGGCAAUUGCUCCCUUUCUCCACCAUGUCCUUCCGAAUGGACAUACUCUGAUAAAAUCAUGGCUUGCUAUAAGGUAAUCUCCAAUGUGACCUUUGAUGACGCGAACAGCCAAUGCAAGCUAAUGGGUUCUCAACUGGCCUCGGUGCUAAGUGCUGAAGAAAAUCGAAUCAUAAAUGAGUUACUGACAGCUGAUUGGGGUUUCCCGGACCCCGCUGACUUCCCGCUCAUCGGGGCACGCAAGAAUGGUGCCGGGCCUGACGACUGGCUUUGGAUUGAUGGUUCGCCAUGGGGUGGAUACGUAAAUUGGGCACAAAAUGCUCCCGAUUUCCGUGGAAGAGAAUACUGUAUGCAGAUUUUCUCCGACAUUUGGACAAAUGGACCUUAUACUGACGCCAAUCAAUUUCUUAAUUCGUGGAGUGAUGUUCGAUGUGAUCUCCGAUUCAGAAAAGCUUUGUGUAAGAGGCAAGCUGUUUAC